AUGGUUCGCUUAUUUGCUUUAUCAGUAUUUAGUAUUUAUUUGCUGACAUUCGUCUUUGCGGAUGAUGAUCUUACAGAAACCUCCGCUCAGCCUGAAGAACUUACCGUAGAAAACGUCAUCCAACAAAUUGAACAUCUCGCAGCAUUAGCGGAGAAAUCUCGACGUGAAGGAAUCCUGUCCACUGAUCACACAGAACAACUUUUUGACAAAAUAGCUUCAUCUUUCAACGAUUUGAUUGAACUUAUCAAUGCUAAGAACUACACGGACACAUUCUUUACUCUUCAAGGCAUAGAUAGAGUUAUCAUUCCAAACAUUAGAACGACAUACACAGCACUACGACUUCAACUCAUUUACCUUCUCAAAACAUUGUUUAAAAAUGCCCCAUCGACUGCCAAUACAUUCAUACCGAUGAAUAUAAUAGAUAUGCUGCUAGAUGUAUUUGAAAAUGACGAUAAUCUUGCCCUUAAAGCUCACGCGUUGGAUGUUAUGUACCAAUGGUUACCUAACAACCCCAAACUGCAAGCUAGGGUCAUGAAACUAAAGGGACUGGAACCGUUCUAUGAACAAAUAGCUAAAUUAGACUCGAACGUUGUACAGAAGCUUCUAGAUCUAUUCAAUAUUAUAUUGGAAGAACAUUUGCGCGCAAGAAAUGAAAAACAAAGUAAACCAAAUGAGAUGUUUAAGUUUUAUCAAAUGAUUGGUUUAGUGGAAAGAAUGUCUACACCAACAGUUUGCUAUGGUCUUCUUAAUAUAUUUAAGGAUACAACUACUUUUAGCGGAAAUAGCAGGGAAAUAUUCGUUCCGGUUGCUAAGCUUUUGAAGAAUAUUCAGCCGUUUUGUUUAAACCUAUACAAGGGUAAGAAUACAGCGAUUGACAUAUUUCAGAAUCUACACGAUUUCUUUAAGGAAUCCGUUGAGAAGGAAUUGUUUAAAGACGUGCAAUUUAAUGUCACGGAUAUAGAUUUAAUUUUGACUGAAUAUAACGAAAAGGUGAAGGAACAUUAUAAGGAUGAGUUUUAA